CCGCAGUGCGCGCUCUCCUUCGCCAAGAAGCACCAGCUCAAGGUGCACCUGCUCACGCACGGCGGCAGCCAGGGCCGGCGGCCCUUCAAGUGUCCCCUGGACGGCUGCGGCUGGGCUUUCACCACCUCCUACAAGCUCAAGCGGCACCUGCAGUCGCACGACAAGCUGCGGCCCUUCGGCUGCCCGGUGGGCGGCUGCGGCAAGAAGUUCACCACCGUGUACAACCUCAAGGCGCACAUGAAGGGCCACGAGCAGGAGAGCCUGUUCAAGUGCGAGGUGUGCGCCGAGCGCUUCCCCACGCACGCCAAGCUCAGCUCCCACCAGCGCAGCCACUUCGAGCCCGAGCGGCCCUACAAGUGCGACUUUCCCGGCUGCGAGAAGACUUUCAUCACAGUGAGUGCUCUGUUUUCCCAUAACCGAGCCCACUUCAGGGAACAAGAACUCUUUUCUUGCUCAUUUCCUGGAUGCAGCAAACAGUAUGACAAAGCCUGUCGCCUGAAAAUUCACCUGAGAAGUCAUACAGGUGAAAGACCUUUUAUUUGCGACUCGGACAGUUGUGGCUGGACCUUCACUAGCAUGUCUAAACUCCUAAGGCACAAAAGGAAGCACGAUGACGACCGGAGGUUUACCUGCUCUGUGGAGGGCUGCGGGAAGUCGUUCACGAGAGCGGAGCAUCUGAAAGGCCACAGCAUCACACACCUGGGCACGAAGCCGUUUGAGUGUCCUGUGGAAGGGUGCUGUGCGAGAUUCUCCGCUCGCAGCAGUCUCUACAUCCACUCCAAGAAACACCUACAGGACGUGGGUGCUCCGAAGAGCCGCUGCCCGAUCUCCAGCUGUAACCGACUCUUCACCUCCAAGCACAGCAUGAAAGCGCAUGUGGUCAGACAGCACAGCCGGCGCCCAGAUCUCUUCCCUCAGCUAGGAGCUCCGAGUUCUCUGACGCCCAGCAGUGAACUGGGCAGCCCAGGCCAAAGCGAGCUCAACAACAUAGACCUGGCGGCGCUCUUCUCCGACGCACCUGGGGACGGGGGUAGUGCAGUGGGGGCCUCAGACGAGGCACUGAACUCCGGAAUCCUGACUAUCGACGUAACUUCUGUGAGCUCCUCUCUUGGGAGGCACCUCCCUGCUAAUAAUAGUUCCUUAGGGCCAGUGGACCCACUGGUCUUGGUGGCCCACAGUGACACUCCUCCAAGCCUGGACAGCCCUCUUGUUCUCGGGACAGCAUCCACAGUUCUUCAGCAAAGCAGCUUCAGUAUGGAGGAUGUGCAGACUGUAAGUGCAGGAGCACUAGGCUGUCUGGUAGCUCUGCCUGUGAAGAACUUGGGUCCGGACCCAGGGGCAUUGACCUCCAGCAGUAAUUUAGCAGCUAACUCCACCACACUGAUCUCUUCAAGUGCUCCCCAGGGAAACACCGGUGUCCCAGAGCUGCUGGCUCCGAUCAAAGUGGAGCCGGCCUGGCCUCCUGGCCCUGAGGCUGUCAGGCAGCAAGAAUGCAGCAGAGGGGCGUCCCCGUCUGUGCUCUCCAGCCCUGCGGAGAAGCCCUGUCCUCAGAGAGAUGCGGGGCUCAGUGCAGGGACCGGCAACUUAUAUUUGCUGUGUGACGUUGGGCUGCCUCGAUUCUCUGAGCACAGAUGGUGUGUGGUGAAUGGGUUACAGGAAAGUGGGGGCUCAGCAAGAACUGAUUCCCGAGCCAUUCAACUAGCCAAGAACAAAAAGCAGAAAGGAACUGGGAGCAACGCAGGAGCUCCAGGGUCUGCUCAGAGGAAAAUGAGAGAUGGCAGAGUCAGUCCUACUCACUUCCCUGCGAGCCAGGGCGGGUGGCUGUGCGGGAACCUCGUGGUGCCCAGCGGAGGGCUGCCAGCCCCAGCUGCAGCAGCCAGGGUGCAGUGCGUUCAGGUCCAGCUGCUGCAGGAUGACCCAGCAGGUGAAGGAGUCUUGCCAGUGGCCCUCAGCCCACAGCCUUCCACCUUCCACCCCCUGUUCGCAGUCGAUUUGCCCGUCUACGUCCUCCAGGAGGUGCUUCCUGCAGCUGGUGGGGCUGCUGGGCCUGAGGACAUGCAGUGCCCAGGGAGCACGGUCAACCUACGGGACCUGCAGUGAAAGCUGCCCUCUGCCUGGGGACCAAGGGCAACACCUCCAUCUCUGUGCCCCCACAAGUCUCUUCCGUGGUCUUGCAGGCCUGGGUGAGACCUUGGUUUCUGCUCACAAGGGCAGAGACUUUUGGGUACACUUA